AAAGCGAUAGUUCUGAGGGAGCGGAAGUACGGAUUCAGUGCUCUGCGAUUACCGGUGGACAGAGUUACCAGGGCGGGAGUGGCUGGUGAUAUCAGGAAAUGGCUUCGGCUUCCAGUAUUGAUUUAAACGCGACGCAGCAUCUACGGGACAUCUUAAAACUGGACAGACCCGGGGAUUCAGUGACUGAAAGCAAGAGGAAGUCGAGCUCCUUCAACGGUGAUCUAAAUGGUCUUCUUGUUCCAGACCCCCUCGAAACGGAGAACGCCUCAUUGCCUGAACCCCCUCUCCAAAAUGCUGCCAUGGUGAACGUAGCAGACAAACAAGUCGUCUGCUUGUCCGGAGACGACAGCUCUUCCUCCAUCGAGAUCAAAGGAAAAGAUGUGGAAAUUGUAGCCAGCAAUGACUCUAAUAUUUGCAGCAAAGCCAGAGGCAGCAACAAGGUCAAAAUACAGCCGGUAGCUAAAUAUGACUGGGAACAAAAAUAUUACUAUGGGAACUUAAUAGCCGUUUCAAACGCCUAUCUUGCUUAUGCUACAAGAGGGGCCAACGGGUCGGCAAUGGUCCGCGUUUUAAGCGUCACAACAGCAGAAAGGAUCCUGUUGAAAGGCAUAACAGGAGGCGUCGCGGACUUGGCAUUCGCUCAUCUUAACUCUAACCAGCUUGCUUGUUUGGAUGAAGCCGGAAGCCUCUUUGUUUGGCGACUUACAAUGGAGAACGGGAAGAUACAAGAUGAGAUUGUAGUGCACAUACGGAGACCAGACAACACUUCGCUAAAUAACCUGCGCAGAAUAAUUUGGUGUCCGUACAUCCCCGAUGAAAACGAGGAUAACUCCGAUGAUGCGAGCCAAACGGUCGCUCUGCUGCACGAAGACCGGGCUGAGGUGUGGGAUCUGGAGAUCGUGAGAGCAAACCACAGUUCAUGGCCAGUAGACGUGACUGACAUCAAAGAAGGAUUUAUAAUUGUGAAAGGGCAUUCUGGGCGUAUGAGUGAAGGGGCUCUCUCGCCAGAUGGAACUGUUUUGGCCACUGCUAGCCAUGACGGCUAUGUGAAGUUUUGGCAGAUUUACAUUGAAGGACAGGAUCAGCCGAGAUGUCUUCAUGAGUGGAAGCCACACAACGGAAGACCCCUGUCAUGCUUACUCUUCUGUGACAAUCACAAGAAACAAGACCCAGAAGUUCCCUUUUGGAGAUUCCUUAUUACCGGAGCAGAUCAGAACAGAGAGCUUAAGAUGUGGUGUACCGUCUCCUGGACAUGCCUUCAGACAAUUCGAUUUUCUCCAGACCCAUUUAGUUCCAGUGUCUUGCCAGAGUUGAAGGUUUCUUUGGAUCUCUCCUCUGAAUUUCUAAUACUCACAGAUGUUCAACGAAAAGUGCUGUAUGUGAUGGAGCUGUUACAGAAUCAAGAUGACGGGAAAGCUUCCUUCACCUCCAUUUCUGAGUUCCUGCUCACACACCCCGUGCUAAGUUUCGGCAUCCAGGAUGUUAGUCGCUGCCGUCUGCGGCACACAGAGGUUCUCCCUUCGGAAGAAGAAACUGGCAACAACAAUACAGAAGAAUCGAUGGAGCCUGAAAACUUGGAAUCUGCAAACGGCGUGCUUAUCAAACUCUUCUGUGUUCACACAAAGGCCCUGCAGGAUGUACAGAUCUGGUUUCAGCCGCUGCAGAACUUGGAAUCCGGCGCACUAGCUUCCCAGCGCUCAAAUGAAGAUUUUGCUGUUAAUGAUCAUGGGGCAGACACGGACCCAGAAACACCGGCCAUUUCUCAGAGCGCUCGUCAAGAUUCUCAGCCAGAUCUUCAUAGGAUGACUGCGGAUUUCCUGAUGCUUUCCACAGACUCUAAGCCAGUGCUUAUGACCCCUGAUGCCUUCAUGACACCUAGUACAUCCUUUCAGCAGGCUGCAUCUUCUCCUAGUGGUAGCAGCACCACCACCUUCACGGUUGUUACACCUAUUAGCAGCGCCUCCAUCAGCGACAUAGGCGCUUCCAGACCUUCAGAAGAUUUGACUUUAAGCCCGAAACUUCAGCUAGACAGCAGCAUUGCUCUAAGUAGUCCUUCCAGCAGCACAAGCAUUCAAACCAGUUCACGAAAUUCUGCUGUGCUCAUCCCAGGACUUUCAGAGAAACUCACACCCAAAGCGGGGGUCCAGGUUACUCCAUCCAGUCUUCCAUUGGAGCUGCAGAAUUUGGAAACCAUGGGUGUUCCUCAAGCUUCUCCCACACGUGAGCGUUCCCCUGAUGUAAUCUCUAGUGCUUCCACUGCAAUUUCCCAGGGUAUGCCUGAAAUUGCCUCAGAAACAUUGCAGCGAAGCUACCCUACUCAGUUGUCCUCGGGUCUUGUCCCUGAGGGAUCUGUAGCGGCCAAUAACCCAGACAGCAUGAGCUCUGCUGCUUCUGCCCUGCACCUGCUCUCGCCCCGUAACUGUCCUACGUCAGAACAUAUCCUCCGGCCUCUGGAUAUCAGAUCUUUUGGCGCUGAAAAUGAGCGCAUGGCCGUGCCAACGCUAAUGGAGAAGACGGCAACUCAAGAUAUUGUGGAUGGUCCUGUGUCUCAACCAUGGCCGGCGGCUCCAGAUAUCACCAGGGAGACCAGAAAUAGCUUGGCAGAUAGCACUCGUGAUGACCAAGACCGAGCAAACUCUUCGUUUCAUAGACACAGCUAUCACUUAAUGCAGCAACAUGACAGUCAAGACGCCAGUGCAGAGCAAAGCGAUCACGAUGACGAAGUGGCCAGUUUGGCACCUACUUCGGUCAAUUUUGGCAUGAAAGGAGCAGGGCAACGGCUCCCUGUCAAGGAUUGGAAAACCAAAGUGUCUCCUCGUUCCUCUCCAAAGCUACGCAGGAAAGCCAAAAAAGAUGAUCCAGACUUGUCCCUGUCCCCAAGAAUAUCUGACGGUCAGGUGAGUUCGGAGCAGCAGGGGGAAUUGAUUAUGCUUCUGCGCAGCCAGCAAAGGGAACUGGCGGAGCUACGCCAGAACCAGCUGGAGCUUAUACAGAGGCUGACGGACCAUAUGGACGCUGCACAGAGCUCCAUCAUGGGCCACGUGGAACGUGUGAUCGAUACCCAGCAAGAACAAGAGCAACGAAGGUUGGAUAGGAUUUUAAGCGACGGCCAGCAGCGAAACGGCCAAAUGCAAGAAUAUCUUUCUCAGCAGCUCUCUCACUCUCUCUCCGGGGCUCUUUGUAAUCGACUGGACAAAACCGUAAGGGAAGAAAUCAAAAAGACCGUUCCUCAGUGUAUCUCGAAAAGCUUGGAACCGGUGACCGGGCAGCUGAGCAGUACAAUAGCAGCAAAAAUGACCGCUGUAGAGGGGACCUUGAAGGAGAAUGUCACAAAGAUGGUGAAGUCAAAGAAUAUCAGCGAUGCUAUUGGCAGAGCUGCCGCGGAUGCCCUCCAAGUACAGAUCCAGUCCACGUAUAAAGAAGCUUUUCAAGGUACCGUGCUGCCCGCCUUUGAGAAAGGCUGUCAGUCCAUGUUCCAACAGAUUAACGGCAGCUUCAAGCAAGGAACCCAAGAAUACUUGCAACAAAUGGAGAACCAUCUGAAAAACAAAAUGACGCAGGAACACGAGACUCAUGAUCCUCUUGUGAUGCAGCUUCAGCAGUUAAUCGAUUGUCUCCAAACCACUACAGAGCAGCUGUCGACCAACCUGACCAGCAGCGUGCGGUCUGAGGUCCAGCAUCAGCUACACGUAGCGGUUGGCAACAUGCAGGACUCCAUCCUGACUCAGGUACAACGGAUCAUAAAGGAGGAGGUUAGCCAUGCCAUGAAAGAGCAACAAGCGGCCGUUACUUCCAGCAUCAUGCAAGCUAUGAGGUCUGCUGCAGGGACGCCUAUUCCGUCUUCUCACCUGGACUUCCAGACACAGCAGGCCCAUAUCCUUCAGCUGAUGCAGCAAGGUCACAUCAACCAGGCUUUCCAGCAGGCGUUGACUGCUUCGGACCUGAAUCUUAUUAUCUACGCGUGUGAUACAGUGGAUCCCCAGCAAGUGUUUGGACAGCACCCCUGCCCACUCACCCAACCUGUUCUGCUUUCUCUCAUCCAACAGCUUUCAUUUGAUCUUGGUACCCGUACCGAUCUCAAACUAAAUUACUUAGAAGAAGCAGUGAUGCAUCUGGACCACAGCGACCCUGUGACCAGAGACCACAUGGGAACGGUCAUGAAUCAAGUACAGCAGAAGCUUUUCCAGUUUUUACAAGCAGAACCUCACAACCCUUUAAACAGGCUCGCCCGACGCCUCGUGAUAAUGCUGAAGGGGCUGGUGACCCCCAGUAUGAGCUUAACGCCCCGUAUAAAAUAAUUUUUUUUUUUCUUUCUUUGCGUGUGACCUUAGACCGAGCACACUGCUUUCCGUUUCAUUUGGCUGCAAAGCUAAUUAACACCAUUGCUGUUGUACCUGUAAUGUAUACUACAAUCUGUUCUUUUUUUGUACUGAGAAGCUAAAAUAUUUUUUUUCUCUGAUCUUAAAACUGCUUGUUUUUUGACAUUCAGCAUAUACAUAUAAUGCAUUUUUUUUUUUCGCAUUUGCAUGGGGUUUUAUUUAUUCAUAUAUAUAUAUAUAUCCUUUCUUUUGUGCCUGUGUUGCCUUAUCCAGCCAGAUAAAUACCCCAGUAAAUGGCAAUUAUCUACUUGCCGAUCCCUUUAUCUAACAUUGGGAUUUCCUGCUGGUCCGUUAAAGAGGAAGAAAAAAUAAGAAAGGGGUUCAACAUAAAAUAAAAAAGGGUUUCAAGGAUUAUAUAACUUUGUAUAUCUUUUUGUCAGGGUUUUUUUUAUGGAGUUGGGGCUGAGAUUUAUUCCCCCGCGGCAAAAAAGAAAAAGCAAUAAAUGUGGAUUUUUUUUUUCCUUUUUUAUGUAAUAACACAUUAUCAGAUUUGUGAAGUUGGAUAAGAAAGUCAUUGGGAAUUUCUGAAAGCUGUCUUAUGACACAUAAGUACUUACCUAAAAUCCUUGACUAUUUUUCUUUUAUAUGUAAUUUGUCUCGUCUUUAGAAAAAAAUUAAAGUUUCAUAUUACCA